AUGAUUAUGUUUUCUUUGUUCCAGUCAUCUCGUAUCAGUAAUGCUAGUGGCGAUGCGUGCGAGCGUCGAGAUCCUUGCCAGCAUGGCGGAGUCUGCAUCAGCACAGAUGAUGGACCCAUCUGUGAGUGUCGCGACGGAGACUAUGAGGGAGCAUUCUGUGAACGAGACAAAGCCCCGUCGGAGGCUACGUUCCGAGGAGCUGAAUUUCUUUCGUACGACCUCACUCAAACCGGCGGCGAACCCAUAGUUAGCACUCAAGACACAAUCUCACUCUACUUCAAGACGAGACAACCAAAUGGACUUCUGUUUUACACUGGUCACGAAGCUGAUUACCUCAACCUCGCCGUACGAGAUGGUGGAGUCUCUCUCACUAUGGGCUUGGGGAACGGGAAGCAGGAGAUGCAUAUAAAGCCGAGCAAAACACGCUUUGACGAUCACCAGUGGCAUAAACUGACUGUCAGGAGAAAGAUACAAGAGAUUACACCGUUCACAAGCUUCUGUCGGGUAUCAGCUGUAGUAGAUGACGUAUACUCGGAACAUUCCCACGUGGCCGGAUCCUUCACGAUGCUGGCCAGCUCGAGGGCCCACGUUGGAGGUUCCUUAAAUGCACGGGCACUUCCUGGAGCCAGGGUUCAUACUAACUUCAUAGGGUGUCUGAAAAAGGUUGAGUUCUCAGCGGACACUCUCCGUCUGAACCUCAUAGACCUAGCUCGCACCGGUAGUAAGUUAAUCACUGUAACUGGACGCUUGGAGUAUGUCUGCACGGCGACUGAUGCAGCCGAUCCUGUCACCUUCGCUACCAGGGACGCGCACCUGAUAUUACCGAAAUGGGAAGCUGUAAAGACUGGGACUAUAUCUUUCAAGUUCCGUACGAACGAACCGAACGGCUUGAUUCUGUUCAACAUGGGCGCCAAGCCACCAAGGGCGGACCUUUUCGCGGUUGAGAUUCUGAAUGGGUACAUAUAUGUGCAUGUGGAUCUUGGGUCAGGUGGGGUGAGAGUGAGGGCGUCGCGGAGGAGGGUCGAUGAUUCGCACUGGCAUGAGUUCCUCUUGAGAAGAACCGGUAGAGAUGGCAGGGUCACCGUUGAUGGGGCCAACGCGGAGUUUAAAACGCCUGGUGAAUCCAAUCAGUUAGAGCUCGACGGCCCGUUAUUCGUUGGUGGAUUAGGCUCGGAGUACUCCGCUUCAAGGACACCAGCCGCUCUAUGGACUGCGGCUUUAAGACAGGGCUUCGUCGGUUGUAUCAGGGAUUUAGUACUGAACGGAAAACCACAGGAUCUGACCGCAUUCGCCAGACAACAGGAUUCUGCGUCUGUCCGUCCCGCGUGUCAUGUUCUGAUGAAGCAGUGUGCGAGUGCUCCUUGUCAACACGGAGCACCUUGUGCUGAAGGCUGGAACAGACCUCUGUGUGACUGUUCCGGGACCAACUACGGUGGACCUACUUGUGGACGAGAGUCUCCAACGAUAUAUUUGAAUGGCAGCCAGCAUUUAACUGCGUCAUUGGGUUCGGAGCAUGUGACGCAGACGGAAGAGUUAUUAUUAAGGUUCCGUACCACAAGAGCGGGUCUUCUGCUAAGAACUGCUUCUGAACACUCCGCUGAUAGGAUUGAACUGGCUGUAGCCGCUGGCAGGGUGCGGGCUAGUGUUAGAUUGGGAGACAGAGAAAAGAACCUCCUAGGCGGCAGCAGCGUGUGGGACGACCGCUGGCACACGGUCCGCUUCAGCCGGCGCGCUUCCAACCUCAAGCUGCAGGUGGACGGCGCGCCGCCCGUGCGCGGUACGUUAUCCGAAACAAUUUUAGGAAAAGCUUCGACCCUUGAGAUCUCUUCCUUACAUUUGGGAGGACUGUUCCAUCCUGAAGAAGAAAUUCAGAUGACGUCCACGUUACCGAACUUCGUUGGAUAUCUGCAGAAGUUCGUCUUCAACGGAAUAAAAUAUAUAGAUCUAGCCAAAAACCUCGGGAUAGGUAGUGGUGACGAACAUAACGACAUACAUGACACUUCGAAUAUUGUAUUUACUGGGAAGUUCGUGAAACCGGACUCCUUGAACGUCUAUAAAGCCGUGACAUUCAAAUCGAAGCACACAUACGCGGGGCUGCCAUUGCUCAAAGCGUACGGAAACACAUAUUUGGAUUUCUAUUUCCGUACGACAGAAAUGGACGGUCUGUUGUUCUACAAUGGGGGGAAGAAACAAGACUUCAUAGCUAUAGAGCUGGUGAACGGUCAUGUUCAUUGUGUGUUUAACUUGGGUGAUGGUGUGGUGACCAUGAAGGAUAAACUGAAGACCUUCGUUAAUGAUAAUCGAUGGCAUACAGUCUCUAUACGGCGACCGACUCCUAAAAUACACACCAUGCAAGUCGAUGAUGACGUGGAAAUGCAUACCACGAGUUCAAACUUAAUGCUUGAGUUGGACAGCGUGUUGUAUGUUGGAGGGGUACCCAAGGAGAUGUACACGUCACUUCCGGUGGGAGUGUUGUCACGGCAAGGGUUCGAGGGCUGUAUGGCGAGCCUGGACCUGCCCGGGGAGUCCCCGUCCUUGAUCGAAGACGCGGUAGUACCUAGUUCAUCACUGGUCUCGGGGUGUGAAGGACCCACGAAGUGUACUCAUAAUGCGUGCGCAAAUAAAGGAGUGUGCGUCCAACAAUGGAACACGUACGUGUGUGACUGCGACCUUACGUCUUUUACUGGACCAACUUGUUAUGACGAGUCGAUAGCGUUCGAGUUCGGUCCGGGUCGCGGCGUGUUGUCGUACUCGUUCCCGCCCGGGGCGCGCGCGGACACGGACACGGACCGCGUGGCGCUCGGCUUCCUCACCACCAAGAGUGACGCGGUGCUGGUGAGGAUCGACUCCGCCGACACGCAGGACUACAUGCAGAUGGAGAUCAUCCGAGGUAAUUUAUUCACCGUGUACAACGUGGGUGAUGGAGAGCAUCCUCUGGGCGACGAGUCAGCGCGUGUUGAUGACGGCGUGUACCACGUGGCGAGGUUCACACGGAACGGCAGCAGGGCGGCGCUACAGUUAGAUGACUAUGCUGUUAAUAUACGACACCCUCAAGGAGGUCAGCAGUCGACGAUCUUCAACAGCAUGUCUCGUGUGACGGUGGGCGGUGGUAGCGGCGGUGCGAGGUCGUUCGCGGGGGUGGUGGCCGGGCUGGUGGUGAACGGUGCGAGGGUGCUGGACCGGGCGGCCGCCGCGGAUCCCGCCGCCGCGCUCCGGGGGGACGUGAGGCGAGCAGCUGGACCUCUGGACAGAGACCUUAAUAGGAUGCAGCAGACCCCUCCAUCAGGUUACGGUGGUCCGGGCGCUCCAGACGAGCUGGUGUUCUCGGGCGCGGGGUCGGGGUGUCGUGAUGAUGAUGAGGACGCGUGUGUGUUACCUGACGCGGGCUCCGGGGACGACCUCAUCACGCCGGUAUACGUGCCCUCUACUAGACGACCGCCCGCUAAGAUGCAUAAGGGUGACGUGAGCGGCAAACUGAUGAAACCCUGCGACGAUGAGGAUUGUAUUGAAGGAUCGGGCUCUGGAGGGGAGGAAGUUACCGAGCCAGAACAUCCCUCCACUACGAAAAUCAUCGAGUAUCCCAAACAAAAAACCAGCGGCAGCAGCACCCACGCGAUGACGUCACCUACUGCUGCUGUUUCCACGGAGCACGACCGGUCCGUAGGGUCCGUUGGGUCCACGGGGUCUGUGGGGUCCACGGAGAUGACGUCACGCACGGACCCCGGCACCGAGCACCCCACCACAAUACACGACCACGACAACAUGCACGCGGGGACAAUGGACACGGACACUACGGAUAAGGAGACCACGCCCACCGAUAGUAGGAUAGAUGAUCGCACCCAUACAUUCACUCAUACAACGGACCACGAGCCGACGUACUCACAUACAGACUACGAGACGCACACAGACUCACGACCCACACACGACAACGAGAGGAACAGGAUCUCUGACUACAACAACGAGCCGGAGAUCACCACCAAGUGGUACCACCCGAAGACUACGGAUAACAGGGUCGUACCGCCUGAGUCAGAGUUCUUCGCUACCAUCGUUGGUAUCGUGGCGUCCGUGUUGAUAGCGAUCAUUCUGAUAGUUAUAAUAAUAUUGAAGCUGCUGUUCCGUCUCGAUCCUUCAUACAAGGUCACUGAAGAUAAGAGUUACCAGCAGAGUGCCAGCGCUGCUCUGUUAGGGAAUCAGGCACACUCCGGCUACCAGGCAGCAAGUGGUAUGAAUGGUGGUGGUAUGAAUGGUGGGGGUAACGGGGGGGCGCGCUCCUUACAACCGCUACCACUCAACCGAGCUCCGCAACCUGUUAAGAGAGACGGCAUUAAAGAGUGUUCAGUGUUUAUUAAAGGUUUGAUGAUCCAUAUAUCUGUAAUUGAUUGUAAUGUAUGUGGUGAGAUAUUUGUUAUGUACGUUUUAUGUUUCGAUGUUUAA